AUGCAACGGUAUCGAGCUUCAAGUCGUUUCGAGUCGAAUAUGAAAGAGCGGAGGAAAGCAUGGGAGGAAGUCGUAGACUGCUUCAUCCUUCUUCAAUGGAUAGCAUUGAAUUACAAAAUUCGCCAACGCAGAUGUGGAUGUACUCAACAACCACUCUGUUCGUGUCAAGCGUCGGUCGGUGCUCGACAGAGAUGUCAAUGUGAUCAACCGAGACAGGUGAAAUCAUGUCAGUGCACUGCAAAGACGACAACUCAGUGUGCUCCUAUGUGUCAAGCGAACUGUGUGAGUUCCUGUAUCCAGCAACAACAACCGCCAGUGCAGUGCCAGCAGUCCUGCAACGCAAGUUGUCAGUCAGCUUGCAACGAACUCGUACAACUGCAGCCAAUUCAACAGCAGUCAACAUCGUGCAUAAAACAGUGUAACACAGGUUGUCAAGCAGCGCAAUAUCCUUCCACUUGUAUGUUGACGUGCCAGGCGGGCUGUGACAAGUAUACUCAGCAAAUGUACAGCACUUCUGGUUACAUCCCCACCACAACUGUGGCUCCGUUCAAUUACGCAACGACUUUCCAGCCAAUCACAACAACGACUCAGAUGUAUCAGCCGUACUACGAGGAGCAAAAUCCAUGUCAGCAGUGCAUGGGCGCAUGUAUGAACGAGUGCAGCGGGGCAGGUCAGUCGCCACAGCAAUGCCAACAGUUCUGCGAUCAGAAUUGUGCAUCGGCCUGCGGGCAAUCACAGACACUGCAGACUACACUCGACCCGGAUCAGUGCAACCAGUGUCGGCAAACAUGCAUGCAGGCAUGCGACCAGCAGAAUGGGCAGAACUGUGAACAGCAAUGCAAUCUGCAGUGCCAGACGGUCUGCCGGAAUGUGCUGUCCCAAACGCAACAGUGUACGUCCGCCUGUCAGCCAGCCUGUGCUACUUCCUGUGUUCACUCGCACUCGGUGCAACAAGGCUGCGUUUCUUCUUGCCAACCCGAAUGUACGACAAAUUGCGUACAACAACAGAACAGUAUGCGUCAACCAGAGGUCGUCUUAACAGUAAGAGUACCGAUCUCCGCCUCCUCACCCCAGUGCCAGCAGCAGUGUGAGCAGACCUGCAAUAUGCAGUGUGUACAGGAAAAUCAGGCGUCGCAGUGCUCACCUGCGUGCGCUAAGUCGUGCGCCAACUCGUGUCAGACUACGGCUGUUGUUUGUCAACAGCAGAAAAAUUCGCAAUGCAUUUGCCCAACCAACUACAAUCCAUGUGGCAGGUGGUUGUGCUGCCGUCAUAAGAAAGAAUAG